UGACGCUUGGCGCUCAACGGAAAAGAGAAGGAAAAAAGUUUUUAGGGUUUGCGUUGUUGCUAUCGAAAGCAUCAAAGAUGAUCGAAGUGGUGUUGAACGAUCGAUUGGGGAAGAAAGUGAAGGUGAAGUGCAACGAAGAUGACACAAUUGGUGACUUGAAGAAGCUGGUUGCUGCACAGACUGGUACACGCGCCGAUAAGAUUCGUAUUCAGAAGUGGUACAAUGUUUACAAAGAUCAUAUUACCCUCAAGGACUACGAAAUUCACGAUGGAAUGGGACUUGAGCUCUACUACAACUAGAAAAAAACAAUAGGUUUAUCAUGUGAUGGAAAUACACUGGUGGACGUAUCUCAGCUGCCAUGUUUUAAAUAAACAAUUGAUUGUUGGUUUGUAAUAUUAAGUUUGGCAUGUUUAAUCAACUUGAACAUUUGUGAAUGUCAUGUGACUGGUUGGUAUUUUGCCUUAUUGUACAAGGAUUUACAUAUGUGCCCACAGAUUUUCUUAUUAAAAAAUGUGGUAAGGGAUUAUUAAUUUUGCUGUGGAAAAAUAGCAUUUGUGACUCA